UUUCAGUAGGGGCCAUUUCAUUAGUGGGCAGCCAACUCAUGCAUUACCAAGUAGGCAGUGGCAAUUUUGUCAGCUAUUGGCUGCUUUUUCCCAACAUUACUAUCAAAGAGCUUGAUUACCACACUUAACUAAUGACCAACAAUAGACUCAUUGUGUUCUAAGCCUCCCUCUAUAAAGAUUGUCAGCAAUACAGACCAUAAAAGCACAGGCAAAGUAUAUGAGCAAAGUUUCUUGAUGCGAGUUAGAAUCCGGUACCAUGGCAACGGAAGCUGAUGUUCCAGAAGCUAUAUGUAUCGCGAAAGGAGAAGGGGUAGACAGAAGCGUGCCAAUCGAACAGUUGCACAGAACUGUCGACCAAUGUUCUCCAGUUGAAUUGAAUAAAUCCAAAGGUGACUUGGAUCAGCAUCCUGAAACUCACACUGACAAACCUUUUGCAGAUGGUGAAAAUGUACAGGUAGAAUAUAGUAUGAAAGUUGAAAGCAAGAAUGACAGCUUUGGAAUUUCAGAGGGUGAACAUUUUUUGGACCCACUCUCGGAGAUUUCCCAAGCCGGCCAAUCAAAUCAAGCAGGAAUGGAGAUACCAAAGAAUGAAGCGCAGCUUCAGAAAGGCACACAAGUUGGUGAGGGAGUACAAGAAACAGGCACUGAAGAAAAUGAAGUCAUUGAAGAAAGACAGGAGAAGUUCGAACAAGAUAUUGAAAAGCAUGACAUUGUAAAUGCUGCAGGAAUCAUUUCAGAGAUCGCGAAAACUGGAGAUGCAAACCUCGAAGUUGAAGAAGUGGAAGCAUCAACAAAUGAGACAACUGUUGAUCAACAUGUUCAAGUAAUCUCAAAUCAACAGGACUCCAUCAAAGAAGAUGUACAGUGUCUUGAAAAGGAGGCAGAGAGUUCAGAGGUAGAUACAAAAGGAGCAGAAAAGGCACAUGGCAAUGCUGAAUCAUACAGUAAAGAAGCUUCCGAUCUGCUAGAGGCAACCACAUUUCAGGAGUACGAAGCUUCAACUUCUAUUCUUGAUUUGACGAACAGCCGCCUCAAGAAGGACAUGGAAUUGGAGACAAAUGUACACAAUUCCUCCGAUACAAAUCCCAUAUUACAAGAAGAAUUUGAAGAAGGAACUAGCACAAAGGUAACAUCAAAUGACGAAGAAGAUUCACAGCAGACAUUGCAGAAUUAUGAACUGAAAGAGGAGCUUCAAAAAUUGCCAGAGGUGACGCCUGAAGAUGCUAAGACAGAAUCAGCAAUGGAGAAUGCAGAAGUAAUAUCCUGCACAGAACAGGAAAGAACAAUGCAGAGCACACCAGAAUACUCGGAGAAAGAAGAGGCAAACCCUGUGCAUUGUCCAAAAGAAAAUGCCACUAUGACUGAGGAGGUGUUUGAGGCUGCAAGCACAGAACAAGAAACUGCAGAACAUGCAUUACCAGAAAUCCAUACUGCUGAGAACCACCCUCAAGAGUUCAAUGAAGAAAAAUCCAGAGAUUAUCAGGCAUCCGUUGAGGCAGCUUACUUGAGUACACAUGCAGAUGAAAAGAACUUGGAGGAACAAGCCAUUCAAGAAAAGUCUUCUUCAUUGGUAGAAGAAGAAACAACUCAGCAAAUCUCAAGGGAAGAAGAAGUGCACGCAACAAAUUCAAAAGAAGAGGAAAAGGAAGCAGAUACAAAAUGCGAAGAGCCCAUUGAAGUAGCAGAUGCUACAAGAGAAAUAGAAUUUGAAACCAUAGAGCAGAGAACAGAGACAAAUAAAGACCUCAAUGUUCCAAUUCCAGAGGAAGAAGCCUAUGCAGAGGAAAGCACCAAAGCAUUUGUUCAAAAUAACUCCUUUCUCUCUGAGGUAUCUGAAGUAAAGACCAAGGAAAUUAUUCAGGAGGAUCAACCCACAGUAGGCGAUUAUGGCCUUGUGUCUGGAGAAUUGAGUCAAGUAUCAGCAUCGAAGGAAGCUGAAGCUGAAAACGAGGGGCAUGUCAACAAUACUCCUGAAGAAAUGGGACUACAAACCAUCUUAACAGAUGAGACGGUCGUGGAAACCGAAGAUCAUGCACAAGCAGGGGAAAAUCUUACCUCAAAAGAGAAGAUAGAAAAGGAGAUUCAAACAGCAGAAGGUGAAGGGGAAAGAGACUUGAAAGAAAUCAAAGAAGAAAACAAGGAGCCUGUAGAUAAUGCUGAUAUUGCUCCUGAAGAGGAUCUAGCAACCAUCUUAACUGAUCAACCAGCCUUGCAAAUUGAAGAUAUUAAGCUACAAGCAGAAGAAAGCGUUGACUCAAAAGAUAAAUCGGAGGAACAAAUUCUGACAGCUGCAGAUGAAGGUGGAAAUGGUUUGAUAGAAGCACAAACAGAAAACAAUGAGCAGGUUACAGAUGCUGAUAUUGCUUCUGAAGAGAAGGGUCUAGAAACCAUUUUAACAGAUGAAACGGCCCUAGAUAUUAAAGAUAUCGAUGUACAAGCAGAGAAAGAUUUCAGGUCAAAAGAGAGCUCGGAGAAGCAGGUUCCAGUAGUAGCAGAUGAAGGUGACACGUUCUUGAAGGAAGCUGAAGAAGAGAAGGAGCAGGAGGCUCUACCUACCAUCUUAAAAGGUGAACCACCAUUGGACAUUGAAGUUAUUGAUGUACAAGCAGAGGAAAGUUUCAGUCCUCAAGAGAAGUUGGAGGAGCUGAUUCCAGCAGUAGCAGAUGAAGGUGACACAGGCUUGAAGGAAGCCGAAGAAGAGAACAAGGAGCAGGUCAAAAUUACUGACAGUGCUCCUGAAGUGAAGGUUACCAUCGGCGAAAGAGCCUUGGACAAUGAAGAUAUUGAGUUACAAGUAGAGGAAAAUGUCAGCUCAAAAGAUAACUUGGAGAAGCAGAUUCCAACAACAGCACUCGAAGGUGACUCAGGCUUGAAGGAACCCGAAGAAGAAAACGAGCUGGUCAAAAGCAUUGAUAUUUCUACUGAAGAGAAGGGUCCAGCAACCAUCUUAACAGAUGAAACAACCCACAAUGCUGAAGAUACUGAUGUAAAAGCAAGCAAAUAUAUCAAAUCAAAAGAUAUUGAGGGUGAAAGUUGCUCCACGGAACCCCAAGAAGAAAACAAGGAGAAAGUCACAUAUAUUGGCAUUACUCCUGAAGAGACAAUUUUAAACUCACAAGAGAAACUGGAGGAGCAGGUUCCAGAAGUAGCAGAGGAAGGUGACACGGGCUUGAAUGAAGCUGAAGAAGAAAACAAGGAGCAGAUCAAAAGUAAAGAUACCUCUCCUGAAGAGAAGGGUCUACAAAUCAUCUCAACAGAUGACACGGCAUUGGACAGUGUCAAAAUUGAGUUACAAUCAGAGGAAAAUGUCAGCUCAACAGAUAACUUGGAGAAGCAAAUUCCAACAGAAGAAGCUGAACGUGGCUUAACAGAAGCUGAAGCAGAAAACAAGGAGCAGGCCACCAUUACUGAUAUUACUCCUGAAGUGAAAAGUGUACCGACCACCUUGACAGAUCAAACAGCCUUGGACAGUGAAAAAAUUGAGUUGCAUGCAGAGGAAAAAGUCAACUCAACAGAUUACUUGGAGAAGCAAAUUCCAACAGCAGCAGAUGAAGGUGAAGAUAUCUUGACAGAAGCCAAAGCAGAAAGCAAGGAGCAGGUCACCAUUAAUGAUAUUACUCCUGAAGAGAAGGGUGUAGCAACCAUCUUAACAGAUGAAAGAUCCUUGGAAAUUGAGGAUAUCGAUGAACAAGCAGAGGAAUCUUCUAACUCAAAAGAGAACUUGGAGGAGGAGAUUUCAGCAGCACCAGUAUUGGGUGAAACAUGCGUGAAGGAAGACGAAGAGGAGAGCACGGAGCAGGUCAAAAGCAGUAAUAGCUCUCAUGAAGGAAAGGGUCUGGCAACCAUCUUAACAGAAGAAACGACCCAAGACAUUGAAUAUACUGAUGUAAAAGCAGGAGCGGAUUUCAACUCGGGAGAUAUUUUGGAGAAGCAGAUUCCAACAGCUGUUUAUGAAGGUGAAACAGACUCGAAGGAAGUGGAAGCAGAAAAUAAGGAGCAGGUAGAAACUACUGAGAUAGCUCCUGAAGAGAAAGGUCUGGCAACCAUCUUAAUUGAUGAAACUGCCGAGGGCAUUGAAGUUAUUGAUGUACAAGCAGGGGAAAUCAACUUGAAAGAGGUCUUGGAGAAGCAGAUUCCAACAGCUGUAGAUGAAGGUGAAACAGACCUAAAGGAAGCUGAAGCAGACAUCAAGGAGCAGGUAGAGACUACUGAUAUUGUUCCUGAACAAAAGGGUGUAGACACCAUCUUAAGCGAUGAAAGGGCCCUGGACCUUGAAGACGUUCAUGUACAAGAACAAGAGAAUUUCAACUCUAAUGAGAACUUGGAAAGUCAGAUUCCAACAACAGUAGGUGAAGGUGAAACAGACUUGAAUGAAGGGGAAGCUGAAAUCAAGGAGCAGGUAAAAUGUACUGAAACUGCUGUUGAAGAGAAGGAUGCAACAACCAUCUUAAGAGAUGAAACAGUCGUGGAGGUUCAAGAUGUUGAUAUAAAAGCAGAGGAAAAACCAAUAGAAGCAGGUGAAGGUGAAAAGAAGGUGGGAAUUCUUGAUGACAUCCCUGUUAAUGUCUAUAACACAGAACUGGUGGAAGAGGUGACCGUGGAGCAAAGCUAUCAAGUGCCAAGUCAUGAGGAAGCAGAACCAAAAAUCGCAGUUGAAGAUGAGAAAUCAGAAGACCAUCCUGAAAGGAAUCACAUGAUAGUUGAAGAGCCUCUAUUACAGGUCAUUGAUGAACCAAAGAUCACAAGUCGAGAUUUCAGUGAAGAACAAAUCAUAGAAGGCAAUGUCGUGAGUUUUACACCAGAAUCAAUCGAAGAAGAUACAGUUAAGAGCUCUCAAGACAAUGAGAAAGAGACAAUAGAGUUGAAGGAAGAGGGCAGUUGUACAGAGAAUGCAAAAGAUGAAAAUGCUAGUGACCUCACACGGGAGUAUAUUCCAGAAGAUGCACCAAAGCAGAUCAUAGAUGAACAGUAUAAUGCAGUCAAGUCCGAAAACAAGAUUCUUGAAGAUUCACAGACUAUUGAGGUAGAUGAGAGCAGCACAUGUGAGACAAAAAAUAUCGAAAAAUCUGAAGAAAUUCCUAGUACAUUACCAGUGCAAUAUGAAGAAGUUCAGCAGGGAGAGGAGAGCUGUACAGAGAGCACAAAAGAGGAAAAUGCUAGUGACCACACACGAGAGUAUGUUCCAGAAGAUGCUACUGAGCAGAUCAAAGAUGAAGACUGUAACACAGUAGAGUCCAAAAACGAGGUUCUUGAAGAUUCACAAAUUGUUGAGGUAGAUGAGAGCACCACAUGUGAGACAAAGAAUCUUGAAACAACUGAAGAAAUUCCUAGUACAUUACCAGUGAAAUAUGAUGAAGUUCUGCAGGGAGAGGGGAGCUAUACAGAAAGCCCAAAAGAGGAAAAUGCUAGUGACCUCACACGGGAAUAUGUUCCAGAAGAUGCUACUGAGCAGAUCAAAGAUGAAGACUGUAAUGCAGUCAAGUCCAAAAACGAGAUUCUUGAAGAUUCACAGACUGUUGAGGUAGAUGAGAGCACCACAUGUGAGACAAAGAAUCUCGAAAGAUCUGAAGAAAUUCUUAGUACAUUACCAGUGAAAUAUGAUGAAGUUCAGCAGGGGGAAGGCAGCAGCCCAGCUCCAGCAGAACCUUUGAAGGAGGAGGACACAUUGUCUGUGCUAGUGGCUAAAGAUGAUGAUGGCGAUAGUGGUGCAGUCACUAAUACAGAAACGGAUGCAAAAGUACCACCAAAUGAUGAAGAAGAUUCACCAGAGGUGUUGCAGAAAUAUGAACCAGAAGAGGAGAUUACGGAAUUGCCACAUGUGAAACCUGAAGAAACUACACCAGAAUCGUCAAGUGAAAAUGCAGAAGUUAUUACCUGCAGAAAAGAGGAAAUACAAGAAUCAUUGGACAAAGAAAAGGAUACAAAAGAAAGUGACACUUCAUCAGGGGAGGUGUUGGAGACUACAAUUACAGAAGCAUUACCGGAAAUUCAUACCGUUGAGGACACUGCAGAGAGGGCCACAGAAUAUCAGGCAUGUAUUGAGGCAGCUGAGUUGAGUACAGAAGGAGAAAAGGAGAACUCAGAGGAACAAACAACUCGAGAAGUCUCUUCUUCACUGAUAGUAGAAACAAGUGAGGAAAGCUCAAAGGAAGAAGAAGAGAAAAAUGAAGGACAAGUAGAAUGUAAAGAUUCAAUUGAGGAAGUAAUAUCUGAAACCUUAGAGGACACAACAGAGCCAAAACCAAUUUCAGAGGAAGAAAGCAACAAAUCACUUGUUCAAGAUAAUUCCUUUUCACUGGAGGCAUCAGAGAAAGAGAUUGAAAAAGAGAUUCAGGGGGAGUAUAGCUCCACAGUAAGAAGUUUUGACUCCAAAGUUGUGAGUGAUGAAACAGGCUUGACGGAAGCCACAACCGAAGACAAAGGGCAGGUGAAAACUACUCACAUUUCUUCUGAAGAGAAGGACAAUGAAGGUACUGAUGUCCACAACACUGAACUGGUCCGAGAAACAGUAGUAGAACCAAGCUUUCAAGUGCAAACUCUUGAAGAUGAAGCAGCACCAAAAUUGGAAGUUGAAGAUGAAACUGAUAAAUCAGAUGAUCUUCCUGAGAAAAAUAACAAGAUUUGUGAAGAAGAGGUACAUGAUGGACCAAAGAUCACAGACAGAGAUUUCAAUGAAGAACAAAUCACAGAAGCAAACGUCGCAAAUCUUACAACUGAACCAGUUCAGGAACAAGAGAUGGUUAAGGACUAUCAAGCCGAGGAAAGGGAGACGGAAAGGUUAAAUGAGGAGGGAAGCAGUAUAGAGAACAUAAAAGAAGGCAAUGCCAGUGACAUUUCAACUGAGUGUGUUCCAGAGGAUAUAGACGAAAAGCUUAAAGAAUGCAUAGAGGAGGCAGUUGAGUCCAAAGAGCAAAUCAUAGAAGCCAAAGCCGUGAGUUUUACACCAGAGUCCAUUGAAGAUGAUACGGUUAAGAACUCUCAAGACAGUGAAAAAGAGACAAUAGAGCUAAAGGAAGAGGAGAGCUGUACAGAGAGCAUAAAAGAAGAAAAUGCUAGUGAACUCUCACCAGAGUACAUUCAAGAAGAUGGAAGCAAAAAUUUCAAAGAUGACAAGGAGGAUGCAUUGAAAUCCGAAGAGGAGAUUCUUGAAGAUUCACAGACUGUGGGUGUAGUUGAGAGCACUACAUGUGAGACAGUUAAUGUCGAAAGAUCUGAAGACAUUCUUAUUGCAUUACCAGCGAAAUAUGAUGAGGGGAGCAGCCCUGCUCCAACAGAAGCUUCGAAGCAGGAGAAUAUUGAUGAGGACACAUCUUCUGUCCAAGAGACUAAAGACAAGGAUGUUGAAGUUACUGUUACCGAAACAAGUGCAGAGGCACCAUCAAAUGAUGAAGAUGAUUCACCACAGGUCUUACAGAAAUAUGAACCAGAAGAGGAACUUACAAUAUUGCGAGAUGCGCAGCCUGAAGAAAUGAAGCCAGAACCAUCAAGUGAAAUUGAAGAAGUAAUAACCUGCACAAAAGAGGAAACACAAGAAUCCUUGGACAAUGAAAAUGAUACAAAAGAAAGUGACGCUUCAACUGGAGAGGCAUGUAUUGAAGCAGCUGAGUUGAGUACAGAAGGAGAAAAAGAGGAACAGACCACUCAAGAAGUCUCCUCUUCUCCGAUAGGAGAAGAAACAACUGAGGAAAGCUCAAAGGAAGAAGAGAAAAAGGAAGCACAUGAAGAAUGUAAAGAGGCCAUUGAGGGAGAGAGCUCCUUUUUGUCACAAGCAUCGGAGAAAGAGAUUAAAAAAGAGAUUCAGGGGGAGUAUGGCUCCACUGUAAGAAGUUUUGACUCCGAAGUUGCGAGUGAUGAAAGGGGCUUGACAGAAGCCACAGAGCAGGUAGAAACUACUCACAUUGCUCCUGAAGAGAAGGACAUUGGAGGUAAAGAUGUCUACAACACUGGACUUGUUGGAGAAAUGGUAGAACCAAGCUCUCAAGUGCAAACUCUUGAAGAAGAAGUGGAAAUGAAAUUGGAAGUUGAAGAUGAGACUGACAAAUCAGAUGAUCAUCCUGAAAAGGGUGACAAGAUUUGUGAAGAGGUUCUUGAUGAACCAAAGAUCACAGACACAGAUUUUCAUGAAGAACAAAUCACAGAGGGAAAUGUCGCAAGCUGUGCAAGUGAAUCAGUUGAGGAAGGAACUGUUAAAGACUAUCAAGCUGACGAAAAAGAGAGAGGGAGUGAUGAAACGAGCUUGAUGGUAGCCACAACAGAAGACAAAGAGCAGGUGGAAACUACUCAGAUUGCUCCUGAAGAGAAGUACAAUGAAGGUACUGAUGUCUACAACACUGAACUGGUUGGAGAAACGGUAGAACCAAGCUUUCAAGGGCAAACUCUUGAAGAAGAAGCAACACCAAAAUUAGAAGUUGAAGAUGAUACUGACAAAUCAGAUGAUCUUCCUGAGAAGAAUAACAAGAUUUGUGAAGAGGUACCUGAUGAACCAAAGAUCACAGACAGAGAUUUCAAUGAAGAACAAAUCACAGAAGGAAUUGUCACAAAUCUUACAACUGAACCAAUUGAGGAACAAGAGAUGGUUAAGGACUAUCAAGGCAAGGAAAGGGAGACAGAAAGGUCAAAUGAGGAGGGAAGCAGUAUAGAGAACAUAAAAGAAAGCAAUGCCAAUGACAUUUCAACUGAGUGUGUUCCAGAGGAUACAGGUGAAAAGCUUAAAGAAUGCAUAGAGGAGGCAGUUGAGUCCAAAGAACAAAUCAUAGAAGGCAAUUUUGUGACUUCCACACCAGAAUUGAUUGAAGAAGAUGCAGUUGAGAACUCUCAAGACAGUGAAAAAGACACAAUAGAGCUAAAGGAAGUGGGGACAUGUACAGAGAGAAUAAAAGAAGAAAAUGCCACCGAACUCUCACCAGAGUACAUUCAAGAAGAUGGAAGUAAAAAGUUCAAUGGUGACAAGGAGGAUGCGUUGAAGUCUGAAGAGCAGAUUCUUGAAGAUUCACAGACUGUGGGUGUAGUUGAGAGCACUACAUGUGAGACAGUUAAUGUCAAAAGAUCUGAAGACAUUUUUAUUGCAUUACCAGCGAAAUAUGAUGAGGGGAGCAGCCCUGCUCCAACAGAAGCUUCGAAGCAGGAGAAUAUAGAUGAGGACACAUCUUCUGUCCAAGAGACUAAAGACAAGGAUGGUGCAGUUACUGUUACCGAAACAAGUGCAGAGGUACCAUCAAAUGAUGAAGAUGAUUCACCACAGGUCUUACAGAAAUAUGAACCAGAAGAGGAGCUUACAAUAUUGCGAGACGUGCAGCCUGAAGAAAUGAAGCCAGAACCAUCAAGUGAAAUUGAAGAAGUAAUAACCUGCACAAAAGAGGAAACACAAGAAUCCUUGGACAAAGAAAAGGAUGCAAAAGAAAGUGACACUUCAACUGGAGAGACAUGUAUUGAAGUAGCUGAGUUGAGUACAGAAGGAGAAAAGGAGGAACAGACCACACAAGAAGUCUCCUCUUCUCUGAUAGGCGAAGAAACAACUGAGGAAAGCCCAGAGGAAGAAGAGAACAAGGAAGCACAUGAAGAAUGUAAAGAGGUCAUUGAGGGAGCUAGCUCCUUUUUGUCAAAAGCAUCGGAGAAAGAAAUUGAAAAGGAGAUUCAGGGGGAGUAUAGCUCCACUGUAAGAAGUUUUGACUCCGAAGUUGCGAGUGAUGAAAGAGGCUUGACAGAAGCCACAGAGCAGGUAGAAACUACUUGCAUUGCUCCCGAAGAGAAGGACAUUGAAGGUACUGAUGUCUACAACACUGAAUUGGUUGGACAAAUGGUAGAACCAAGCUUUCAAGUGCAAACUCUUGAAGAAGAAGCAACACCGAAAUUGGAAGUUGAAGAUGAAACUGACAAAUCAGAUGAUCUUCCUGAGAAGAAUAACAAGAUUUGUGAAGAGGUACUUGAUGAACCAAAGAUCACAGACAGAGAUUUCAAGGAAGAACAAAUCACAGAAGGAAUUGUCGCAAAUCUUACAACUGUACCAAUUGAGGAACAAGAGAUGGUUAAGGACUAUCAAGGCAAGGAAAGGGAGACAGAAAAGUUAAAUGAGGAGGGAAGCAGUAUAGAGAACAUAAAAGAAGGCAGUGCCAAUGACAUUUCGACUGUGUGUGUUCCAGAGGAUAUAGACGAAAAGCUUAAAGAAUGCAUAGAGGAGGCAGCUGAGUCCAAAAAGCAAAUCAUAGAAGGCAAUGUCACGAGCUUAACACCAGAAUCAAUUGAAGAAGAUACAGUUAAGAACUCUCAAGACAGUGAAAAAGAGACAAUAGGGAUAAAGGAAGAGGGGACAUGUACAGAGAGCAUAAAAGAAGAAAAUGCCACCGAACUCUCACCAGAGUACAUUCAAGAAGAUGGAAGUAAAAAGUUCAAUGAUGACAAGGAGGAUGCGUUGAAGUCUGAAGAGCAGAUUCUUGAAGAUUCACAGACUGUGGGUGUAGUUGAGAGCACUACAUGUGAGACAGUUAAUGUUGAAAGAUCUGAAGACACUCUUAUUGCAUUACCAGCGAAAUAUGAUGAGGGGAGCAGCCCUGCUCCAACAGAAGCUUCGAAGCAGGAGAAUAUAGAUGAGGACACGUCUUCUGUCCAGGAGACUAAAGACAAGGAUGGUGCAGUUACUGUUACCGAAACAAGUGCAGAGGCACCAUCAAAUGAUGAAGAUGAUUCACCACAAGUCUUACAGAAAUAUGAACCUGAAGAGGAGCUUACAAUAUUGCGAGACGUGCCGCCUGAAGAAAUGAAGCCAGAACUAUCAAAUGAAAUUGAAGAAGUAAUUACCUGCACAAAAGAGGAAACACAAGAAUCCUUGGACAAAGAAAAGGAUGCAAAAGAAAGUGACACUUCAACCGGGGAGGCAUGUAUUGAAGCAGCUGAGUUGAGUACAGAAGGAGAAAAAGAGGAACAGAUCACACAAGAAGUCUCCUCUUCUCUGAUAGGAGAAGAAACAACUGAGGAGAGCUCAAAAGAAGAAGAGAAAAAGGAUGCACAUGAAGAAUGUAAAGAGGCCAUUGAGGGAGAUAGCUCCUUUUUGUCAAAUGCAUCGGAGAAAGAGAUUGAAAAGGAGAUUCAGGGGGAGUAUAGCUCCACUGUAAGAAGUUUUGACUCCGAAGUUGCGAGUGAUGAAAGGGGUUUGACAGAAGCCACAGAGCAAGUAGAAACUACUCACAUUGCUCUUGAAGAGAAGGACAUUGGAGGUAAAGAUGUCUACAACACUGAACUUGUCGGAGAAACUGUAGAACCAAGCUCUCAAGUACAAACUCUUGAAGAAAAAGUGGAAACGAAAUUGGAAGUUGAAGAUGAGACUGACAAAUCAGAUGAUCAUCCUGAGAAGGGUGACAAGAUUUGUGAAGAGGUACGUGAUGAACCAAAGAUCACAGACAGAGAUUUCAAUGAAGAACAAAUCACGGGGGGAAAUGUCGCGAGUUGUGCAAGUGGAUCAGUUGAGGAAGAAACUGUUAAAGACGAUCAAGGCGACCAAAAAGAGAGAGACGGUUCAAAGGAGGAGGGAAGCAGUAUAGAGAACAUAAAAGAAGGCAAUGCCAGUGUCAUCUCAACUGAGAGUGUUCCAAAGGAUAUAGUCGAAGAACGGACAGGGGAAGCAGUUGAGUCCAAACAAGAGAUCCUACAAGAAUCACAGAAGGACGAUAGAGAUGAGGAAACAUUUCCAAUCAAAGUGGCUGAAGACAAUGAUGACUACAAUAGUACAGUCGUGCUUUCAGAAGCAGGUGCAGAGGUAACAUCAAUUGGUGAAGAAUCAUCAGAAGUUGCACAAAUACUUGAACUGGGAGAGAAGCACGCCCAGGUUGAAACUAGUGAUUUAGCAGAUGAGAUUGAGGUUCGCGACUUGGAGGACAAGGUUUCUGUUGCUGAAACGACAGAAGAAGAGACUAAGGAAGUCGAAUUGUCUAAUUUGGCUCUAGAAAAGCUAGAUUCUGAUGCACCUGAAGAAGAAACCACAGAAAGUUUUGAAGUGGUUCCUGAAUUUGAUUCUAAAAGCACUGAUGUAGUUGCACAAGAUGAGGUCACUGCUGAUCAGACACUCGAUGAGGAAAUAUCGAAGGAGCCUUCUACAUUGCCUUCCGAGGAAAAGGAGGUCAAAGCUUCUGAAGCUGAGCACGCGAAGGAAGCAGAAGUGCCAACUGAAGAAGACAGAGGAGAUUUAUUGGCUGCAAGGUCAGCGGAAGAGACAUACUUGCCAAAGGAAGAGCCCAGAGAGCUCAGAGUUUCUGAAUUGGCUCUUGAAAGGCUAGACGCCGGGGAAACUGAAGAAGAAACCAAAGAAAAUUCUGAAACGGUCUCUAAAUUUGAUUCCCAAAGCAUUGGUGUAGUUUCUGAAGAUGAAAUCAUCACUGAUCAAACACAGUGUGAGGGUGAAAAGGAGGAAAAGACCUCUGAAUUAGUUCAGGAGACACUAGAUGCUGAUGCACCUGAAGAAGAAACCAAAGAUGGUUCUGCAAUGGUUCCUAAAGUUGAUUCUGAAAGCAUUGAUGAACUUGUGAAAGAGGAUAUCAUUGCUGAUCAGACGCUCCCGGAAGGCAUAUCAACAGAGCAACUGCAAAUACCGUCUACUGCAUUGCUUCCCAAGGAAAAGGAGCUUGAAGCUUCUGAACAUGAGCAUGAAACUACAAGUGUAGACAAGAACAUAGAAAAGGACAACCUGAAAGAAGUGGAAGUGCCAGCUGAUGAAGACAAACAAGAGUUAUUUGCUGCAACGCCAACAGAGACAUGCUUGCAAACAGAAGAGCCUAGAGAUUCUGAAUUGGCUCUGCACAAGCUAGAUGCCGGUGAAACUGAAGACGAAAUCAAGGAAACUUUUGAAACAGUCACUAAAUCUGAUUCUCAAAGCAUUGUUGUAGCUUGUGGAGAUGAAAUCGUUGUCGAUCAAACACUGUGUGAGGGGAUAACAGACACACCCCUUUCCAAAGAAAGGGAGUUGGGAGCUUCUGAAUUGGCUCUGGAAAAGCUAGAUGCUGUGAACACUGAAGAAAUUAAGGAAAAUCCUGAAAUAGUUCCUAAAUUUGAUUCUGGAAUCAUUGUAGUUUCCAGUGAUGAGAUUACCAUUGAUCAAACACUCAAUGAAGAGAUAAUGAAGGAGCAAAUUCAAUCACCAUCUUCUACAUUGCUUCCCGAGGAAAAGGAGCACGAAACUUCUGAACCUGAACCAGAAACUACAGCUCAAGACAAGAGUACAGAACAAGAGUGCACAAAGGAAGUAGAAAUGUCAGCCGAUGACAAUAUGCAAGCUCUAUUGGCUGCAAGGCCAGUAGAAGAGGAAUGCUUGCAAAAGGAAGAGCCAAGUGUGCUCAGUGUUUCUGAAGAAGCCAAUGAAACUUUUGAAACAGUCUCUAGAUCUGACUUUCCAAGCAUUGCAGCAGAUCCAAAAGAAGAAAUCACUGCUGAUAAGACACUCAGUGAGGGAGUAACAGACGUACCAAUUGAAAUAUCGUCUUACACUCCGCUUCAUGAGGAAAAGGAGCCCAAGGCUUCUGAAUUAGAUCUAGAAAAGCUAGAUGCAGAUACAACUGAAGAAGAAAUUAAAGAAGGUUCUGAAGUGAUUCCUCAAUCUGUUUCUCAAAGCAGUUGUGAAGUUUCGAAAGAUGAGAUAAUAGCUGAUCAACUUGAAGUACCAUCUUUCGCAUUGCUUCCUGAUGAAAACGAACUCAAGGCUUCUGAACACGAGCAUGAAACUAUAAUAGACGACAAGAACAUAGAAGAUGAAAACCUGAAGGAAGUGGAAGAGCCAACGGAUGAAGCUUCACAAGAUGUAUUGGCUGCAAGGUCAGCAGAAGAGACAUGCUUGCAUAAGGAAGAGCCAAGUGGACUCAAGGUUCCUGAAUUGGCUGUGGAAAAGCUAGAGGCAGAUGAAACUGAAGAAGUCAAACAAGCUUUUGAGACAGUUUCUAAAUCUGGCUCUCAGAGCAUUAAUGCAGUUUCCCAAGAUGACACCAUUGCUGAUCAGACACUUUCUGAUGUGUUAACAGACAUGCCACUUGAUAUACCAUCUGAUACUUCACUUCCCAAGGAAAAUGAAGAGGUCAAAGAGGCUGCAACUAAGUUGGCUCUGGAGAAGCUAGAUGCAGAUGCAGCUGAAGAGGUCAAAAAAGGUUCUGAAGUGAUUCCUCAAUCUGAUUUGCAAAGCAUCGAUGUAGUUGUCAAAGAUGAGAUCAUUGCUGAUCAGGUACUCCAUGAAUGUAUGACAAAAGAGCAACUUCUAAUUCAAUCCCCCACAUUGCUUCCGGAGGAAAAGGAGCUCAAAGAAAUUGAACAUGAGCAUAAGAAUCUGGAAGAAGAGUCUGCACAGGAAACAGAAGUGACAGCUGACGAAGGCAUGAGAGAUGUAUUUGUGGCAAGCUCAGAAGAAAAGAUGCACUUGCAGAAGGAAGAGCCUAGAGAGCUCAAAGUUUCUGAAUUGUCUCCAGAAAAUGUAGGUGAAGGUGAAGAAGAAGUCACAGCAACUUUUGAAAGCACUGAUGCAGUUUCCAGAGAACAAACCAUUGCUGAACAGACACUUGAUCAGAAUGACGAGCAACUUCAAAUAGCAUCUCCUACUUUGCUCCCUAAGGAAAAGGAAGAGGCAACUGAGCAAAAGGAAGAACUUGAGGAUUGCAAAGUUCUUGAGUUGUCUCCAAAAGGUGAAACUGAAGAGGAAACCAAAGAAACCUUUGAAACAGUGCCUGGAGUUUCUUCGCAAAGCAUUGGUGAACUUGCCACAGAUGAGAUUGUUGAUCAAAAUCCACCUUCUUCGAAGGGGUGUGAAAAUAUAACCACAAUCAAUAAUGCAGGAGAAGAAAGCAUGAAUGUUGUGGAAACACCAAAUGAGGAGGGCAGAAAAGACACAAAUUCAGCAGAAGAGACGAGCAUUCCAAUUGAAGAGCCCAGGGAACUCAACGUUUCUGGUUUGGAUCCCUCAAGUCAAUACACAGAGAGGGGCAGUUCAAAUGAAGUACAUGAAGAAGAGGAAAUAUAUAUUGAUUCAAAUGAAGCCAAAAAGAAUGAAGCUUCAAAUGAAGAGAAGAAUCUCAAGGUAGCUACCUCCGAUUCAAGAGCAGAAGAUUCAAGUGAGACAACAAUUGAAGCGAAUCAAACUGCAAAAAUUGAAGUUCCAAAUGAAGAGCUUGGUGGGGAAAUUUCACAGAUCAAGGAAGAAAAGGAAGUUGCAAAAGAUUCUCAGCUCAUUUCUGUUGGUGAAGUAAACACAAGAGAGAGCCAGCAAGAAAAUGAAUCAAGACAUGAAAAAUAUCCAGAAGAGAAGAAUGAUACAUUUACAGCACCAAGUGAAUAUCAUCACGAGGUGCCAGAGGUAGAUAAAACUGGAAGUGUGAGUGAGGAUAUUGAAAAACAGGUGAAACCAGAUGAUAAAAGUUCCAUGGACCAUAGUCAAUAUGAAGCUGAGGGAAGGAUUCAGGAGACGGCUAUUCAUUUGGGGCUUGAAAAUCAGGGAGAUGAAACAAACUGUGAAAAUAGAACAAGAGAAGUCACAUAUCCAGUGGAAAAGGACUCAAGCGUGGAGGCUUUCCAAGGUGUCCUGGGUGUUGAGGAAACCGAUGAAACCACUCACAACACCAAGCAGCUAGAGAAAGAAUCUGAUGCAACUGAUAUUCCAAGUAGCAAAGAUGAUGCUCUAAGUUUUCUCCAGGACCCAAAAUUGGAGGACUCUACACCUAGCAAUGACACCUUGGUUGCUAGAGAAACCAAAGAAGAAAAUUUUUGUGAAUCAGGUAUAGAAACAGCUGACCCGACAUCUGCUCAGAUACCAUUAUCUGAAAGACUCAUGGAUGAAUCAACAAAAGAAAGAAUGAAAGUGGUUACACACUUGACUGAAGAGAAAGAACCCACAGUUGGUAAAGAGCUUCAAGCGGACAAUGAAGAAGAGGAAGAGCAUGAAAAUGUUGAAGAAGCAAAAACAGACGAAGAGAAAGAAGAUACUGAACACAAACGGGCAUAUCAAGGCUAUGAUGAACCUGUCAUUGUAGAAGCCUCUAGAGAUACUGAAGUGAAGGUUAAGAAAUCUCAUAACAUCCUUUCGGGGAUGGGGUCAAAGGUCAAGCAUUCUAUUUCAAAAGUGAAGAAAGCCAUUAUCGGCAAGUCUUCCAAUUCAAAGACACAAUCAGAGAAAUAAAACAGCAAGAGACCAGAUGAUUCCAUUUCCAGCAGAUAAAGGAAUGAAUGCAUAAAUGCUUUAAGUGGCUGUCUUGCUCUGAGUUUGGUUGGUUUUCAGCACUAUCAGGGAGAGAUUUGAUUUUGGUGUGUACUUGUGCGGCUUGAGUAGGUUCAUAUUCAUUAUUAGUGUAAAUGUGCAGCUUGGAAUGUUCAUUAUUUGUAGAGAUGUGCAGCUUGAAAAGCUUAUGUUCACUAUUUGUAGAGAUGUGCAGCUUGAAUAAGUUUGUAUUCAUUAUUGGUGUAGAGUGAGAAAAUUUGUAAGACUGUAAAUUUUGGUGUAAUGUAAGAUUGUAAAUUAAAUAUUUGAAUGCCUUAAGCCCUUACGGGUUGCUAUCAUUGUGAUGACAA